CCUUCUUUCUCUUCACUCUCUCUCUCUCUCUCUCUCUACUGCUUGUCCUGAGCCCUUCCGCUUCCACCUUCUCCUUCCUCGUCCCCUUCCUAUCCUCAACGGUUGACUUUUGGCCCCGUUCCUUCUACCUUUCUUAUAGCGUGUUGUAGUGCUGUAGUUAUCCUGGAUCGGGCAGCAGCAUGUCACCGAUGGCGGCGGCUAUGCUAUCCUCUCACCCUAAUGUGAUGCCGAAUGUGACGGCGCCUGCGGCCACCGCUGGAUCCGCCCGUCUCCUCCUCCUACUCCGCCGCCGCCGCCACGGGCGCCCCCAGGCCGUCCGGUCCAUAAAUCGCCCGGAUCCAUCAGAUCCGUUUCCUGGCACACUCGGGAUCAGCCGCGUUGACUGGAAGGCAUCAUGCGCCUUCCUCUCCAGCAAGGCCGCCGCUGGCCCGGGCUCGUCUUCCGACAAGCCGCUCUCCCCCUCCGGCGACCCCCCCGCCGCCGACCCGGAACCCGACGACGACGACGACGGAAAAGGCGGCAACCACCGCCUCUCCGCGGCAAUUAACGGCGUGAGGACGGCGGGGGCGGGGGCGCUGGAUCUGGUGCCGAUCUCGAACCUGCCGCGGCCGCUGACCAUCGCGGACCUGUCGCCGGCGCCGAUGCACGGGUCGCGGCUCCGCGUGGCGUACCAAGGGGUGCCGGGCGCGUACAGCGAGGCGGCGGCGGGGAAGGCGUACCCCAACUGCGAGGCCAUCCCGUGCGACCAGUUCGAGGUGGCGUUCCAGGCGGUGGAGCUGUGGAUCGCGGACCGUGCGGUGCUCCCCGUGGAGAACUCCCUGGGCGGCAGCAUCCACCGCAACUACGACCUGUUGCUGCGGCACCGGCUGCACAUCGUGGGGGAGGUGCAGCUGCCCGUCCACCAUUGCUUGCUGGCGCUGCCGGGCGUGCGCAAGGAGUACCUCACCCGGGUGAUGAGCCACCCGCAGGCGCUGGCGCAGUGCGAGCUCACGCUCACCCGCCUGGGCCUCAACGUCACCCGCGAGGCCUUCGACGACACGGCGGGCGCCGCCGAGCACGUGGCCAACAACGGCCUCCGGGACACGGCGGCCAUCGCGUCGGCCCGGGCGGCGGAGCUGUACGGGCUGCAGGUGCUAGCGGACGGGAUCCAGGACGACAGCAGCAACGUGACGAGGUUCGUGAUGCUGGCGCGGGAGCCCAUCAUCCCGCGCACCGACCGCCCCUUCAAGACCAGCAUCGUCUUCGCCCACGACCGCGAGGGCACCUCCGUCCUCUUCAAGGUGCUCUCCGCCUUCGCUUUCCGGGACAUCAGCCUCACCAAGAUCGAGAGCCGCCCGCACCGCCACCGACCGAUCCGCCUCGUGGACGACGCCAACGUCGGCACCGCCAAGCACUUCGAGUACAUGUUCUACGUCGACUUCGAGGCGUCCAUGGCGGACACCCGCGCCCAGAACGCCCUGGCCGAGAUCCAGGAGUUCACCUCCUUCCUCCGCGUCCUGGGAAGCUACCCCAUGGACAUGACCCCAUGGGGCGCCCCCUCCUCCUCGACAAAUCCUCCACCACCGCCGCCCUCCUGCUCUGCUCCUCCUUCCUCGUGAUCGGUUGAUUCGAUAGAUCCAGUCCGUCCAAUCAUCGGAAAGCGUGUUUAAGAUCGAUCGGGAGUUGGUUCUUUUCCUUUCUUUUCUUUUCCCUUCCCUUGGCCUGUAGUGUGCUGCAAAUUACAUCCCGUUUUCCAUCGCCGAUGUUGUUACCAGGAGUUGGCUGCCAAAAUAAAUGGAUGAAACAUCUGAAGAUGAUGAAUUAUAAUUGAAGUA